UUUUUUUAAUUCUCAGUAAUCACAUCUUUAUUUUCGAUAGCUGUAAGUCGAGCUAAAACACGAGCCAUUUCCAUUUAAACCGUGGACAAAGAAGACGGAUCUGCGAACAGCAAACAACAAAACGGUUAUUUCAACAGAAACGUUUGGGUUUAAUUCAGUUCAAAGGGCUUUUGUUGGUUUGGGAACAUUGCACAAGCAAGUGUUAUAAAAGUAUGAAGAGUAAGUAAAAAAUCUACUGGAAUCUGGUUUAUAUACAUGUCGCAGCUGAUUGGGUUCACCUCUGACACUCCACCUGACGAGAAAAACCUCAAAGCCCGUUACACACCACCUGAGGAUAAUGUCGUUCAACCCGGACUGUGCCCCAGGUUUCCUUGUAGCCAUGCUGGGGAUUUUCUUUACCACACAUUCAGCUCUGCUGAUUGAAGAUGUGCCUCUGACCAGUGGAGACUUCAACGAUACGAACCCCCCUCAGAAGGUCUUUGAUGUGUACGACAGAGUUGGCUACAACUGCUUCAUAGCAUCUGCUAUCUACACCCUCAUUGGGGCUUUCUCCUGCUACCAGAUGAAGCUCAACAGACAGAAGGAGUACCUGGUGCACUAGUGCCACCUGCUGGACUGAGGAGCUCCCAGCAGCACUCUGACAGCAAGAGGUUCACCUGUCCUCUGACCACUGUCACCUGUCUCAAGGUUUAAAGUCCUAAUCAUAAACUAAAGGGAGAAGACUAAACGCUGUGUGACAGCAGGUCAAAGAUCAGGCCUUCUGCACCUUUUGUGUAUCUAAGAUGAGAUUAAUUCUACCUCUGAUUACAAGUGCUGAAAUGCAAAAAGUUGUUGUUCCCCAGUGAUUGUUCUUGUUAAAUUAUUUUGUCUUGUCUUGCCCUUUUAUACCCAUUGCACAAGAGAAUGUAUUUCUGAUUAUUGCCAGUAUCUAUCUGUGUUUUGAAUGUUAGUCAUUAGAUCAAAUAAUUAAUUUCCUUCACCUGUCUAUUAUUAUUAGGAGCAAGGUUCCAUUCCAUUUCAAACAUUCAAAGGUAUGUGUUUACUUGAUUAGAUGGUUUAUUUGACACAAGCCUGGAUUUUUCACUUUGUCAAAGCUGAUGUUGUUUACACAGUUUGUCCUCACACUUCAAACCUGCAAAAGUGCAUCUCAUCCACAGUUAGUUGGAUCAUGUCCAAGACUUUUCAGCUUUUCAACACAAACAUAUAUGUUGCUUAAGUACCACAACUUAAAGGGAUAGGAUCUUUAGAAGUGGGGUUGUAUGAGGUACUUAUCCACAGAGGAGAAGUUUGGAGAAGCAGGCAGGUGUACAGCCAUGGAAGCUAAGUGAUGUACUGCUGUGGAGGGGGCAGCUGCAAAAUGUUUUUUAACCACCUGAAAGAAUCUAUAUCAGUUUAUGUGUACAACAUAUUUUAAAAUAUUUUCACCACUUUACCUUCCCACCAGACAGCCCUGUCAGACAGGGAAGCAGUUGAUGGCUUUAGUUCCACAUGUGUGCUCUCCUCUAUAGCCACCAGACUCCUCUGACAAAACCAGUUAAUUUAGCUUGCUGAACAUAGGCGCUAAUUGUCUACCACUGCUUUGUUCACUUAAGUUAGCUUGUGUUUAGUGUGACAGUGGUGAAUCCUAACUAACCCUUUUAAACACCAAUGUCACAUAAUAACACAAACUAAUUAACUGUUCGAGGCAGAAGUAGACCAGCAGCUCCCAUUUGCAGCAGUGUUAAAUAACUGUUUUUCUCAAUGGAGUCUGGUUGUGAAUAGAGCAACAGAACGGUUUCAGUUCCCUGUCAGAAACUGCCAUCUGACAGCUAGGUAAAGCGGUGAAAAUAUUCUAAAUAUGGCAUACACUUAAAUUAAUAUUGAUUUUUUUUUUUUCAACUGGUUAAAAUACACUUUGUUGCUGACCUCAUCCACAGCAGUACUAUGUUUAACUUCAGUGUCAGUAUUCCAGCCUGCUUCUCCAAACUUGGGGCGUGUUGACCGCCAUCUACUGUAUGUAUUACACUAACCAUGGGUAAGUACCUCAUUCAACCUCACUUCAAAAAUUCCAAACUAUCUAACUAUAAAUGGUAAAUGCACACAUGAAAAUAUUGGCGGUAUAAAAAAAUGAAAAGAGUGCAAUGACAAAAAGAAUCCACAUUUAGUUUCACAGAGUGAGCUUAAUUCAAUAUAUGUACUAGCUUUUAGCCAUAUCUAAUGGACAUCAUCAGUGUUUGGUGGCUGCAUAAGGAGGGGGUGGUAACUUCUGUCUCUGUUCAAAGAUGGUCUCUGGUGUCAGAUGUAAAUGUCCUCCUUCUUCAACUUAACUCGGGCCAUGACCUUUGACCCAUUCCCAGUAGGGAUGCACGAUAAUGUCGGCACAUCAUUGGUAUCAGCCAGGGGUAGGCAACCUGCGGCUCUGGAGCCUUGUGCCUUUUGUCUGUGGCUUUGACAAAAACGAUAUCACAUUAUCAUUUUUAUUUGUUAUUGUAGGCCUAAAGAAAUUCCUACAUUCUCCAUUUGUAAAAAUGUGUGGUGUAUGUACGGAAUUAAAAAAGAAAAAAAAAAAGUAACAUUUAGUCAUGUGCGCCAUACGCCUAUGGCCUGGCGCCUUUUACUCUUAAUUUUGGUGGCUAGUCUUGAGUCUCCCUCGCUAGGCUAGCUAUGGAUUCCAAAUCCAUAAAAGUAAAAAAAAGUCUCAGAGGAAAAAAUAAAUUUAAAAGUGCAUGGACAGAUUUGUGUGGUUUCACUGCCGGCGCUGCAAUAUUUAAGUACCAAAUAAUCAUAAAUAGCCUACUCCAGAGGAGCCAUCUUGUGGUAAGAAAUAUUUUUGAAUGCUCAUUUAGACCUAUUGUUAAUUUCGACUACGCAUUACCAUAAGACUCAAAUAUGUUUUGCAGCCCCAGGCAGAUUUUUUGAUAUUUUUGGUCAAAAAUGGCUAUUGUGAUAGUUGAGGUUGCUGACCCCUGGUAUCGGCCAAUAUUAGCUUUAAAAUGAGAAUCGGCCAAUAUGCAUUUUCUUGAUUUGCACAAUGAAUGAAUAUUACAUACAUUGACAAAUAUUGUAUUACAUGUCUUGAUUUGCUGGUGGGCCAUCACGAUAAGAGUAUGCAUGCUUAAUAUGAUGUUAAUUCUACUACAGAAGAAACUCGAAGAUAUAUCUGUCAGUCAUCGGCCAAAUGAGUUGUUAUAUAUUGGCAUAUCAGAUAUCGUCAAAAAAAUCUAAUAUCGUGCAUCCCUAGUUCCCAGUCAACCACCUGAUUGAAGUUUUCAGAACAGAAGCAGUUGUGUCUACAGCAUUUCACUCAGAACAGGUAUAUUUUGUGCCUCCAUUAUGCUUGCAGUGGUCGAUGACUUGUGCCUGGCUUACAAUGAUCCAUUAAAAAAAACUUGGUGUGACAAAAAGAUGAUGUGACACAAUCAAACUGCUUCUGGUUGACAUUCCAUUAACACUCCUUUACUUAAUAAAGACACCUUGGCUUGCAUUUUCAAUUAAACAUGUUAUAGAAAUCAUAAAUGGUUUAAUAUUCACAUAAAUAAAAAAGUAUUUUCCCCUA